AUGUUCCGCUCCAUACCCCGACGACUUCCUCGCCAUCUCCCCCUCCGGUCUACACCAUCCCGUCUCGCCCUGCGCUCGUUCACAUGCGGCUAUCCUCGGAUGUCAUCACCGCCCGUUCAACCCCCAGUGUCCACAACACUACCCUCAGACAAAUACCAACUGCUUUCGACGGCGGAGAAGACAGGUGCAGCUGAAGAUGCGCUAUACGAACAACAAGUGCGCGACGUGCAGGAGUGGUGGAAUUCUCCUCGGUACGAGGGCAUCAAGCGACCGUACUCUGCCGAGGAUGUUGUGAGCAAGCGCGGCUCGCUGCAGCAGACAUAUCCUAGCUCUUUGAUGGCGCGCAAAUUGUUCAAUUUGUUGAACGAACGCGCGGAAAUGGGGGAGCCGGUACACACCAUGGGUGCCAUUGACCCUGUACAAAUGACCCAGCAAGCGCCACAUCAAGAGGUUCUGUAUAUCUCCGGCUGGGCAUGCUCGUCCCUCCUUACUUCAACGAACGAGGUCUCCCCCGAUUUCGGCGAUUACCCUUACAACACCGUGCCGAAUCAGGUCCAGCGACUUUUCAAGGCGCAAUCGAUGCACGACCGUAAACAAUGGGAUGUAAGGCGGAAAUUGACAUCAGAAGAGCGCAACACAACUCCAUAUGUGGAUUAUUUGCGACCGAUCAUUGCCGAUGGUGAUACCGGACAUGGUGGUCUCUCAGCAGUUCUGAAGCUCGCCAAGUUAUUUGCCGAAAAUGGUGCCGCGGCUGUUCACUUUGAAGACCAGCUUCACGGAGGAAAGAAAUGUGGACACUUGGCUGGCAAGGUUCUCGUACCGAUGGGCGAACACAUUAACCGGUUGGUGGCAACGCGAUUCCAGUGGGAUAUGAUGGGAUGCGAAAACUUGGUCAUCGCACGUACAGAUUCAGAGAGCGGAAAGCUUCUCAGCAGUGCAAUUGACGUUCGCGACCAUGAAUUCAUUCUCGGAGUCACUGAAGAGGUGGAGCCAUUGGCCGAGACUUUGCAGGCAAUGGAGCGCGAGGGUGCCUCGCCAACUGAAAUUGACGCUUACGAGCUUGACUGGGUCAAGAGACACAAGCUAGUUAGCUUGGAUGAGGCCGUUGAUGCCCACCUUCAAGCUGAGGGUGCCCCUCAAGCUUCCCGAGAUGCAUACAAGGCUCACGUCCAGGAAAACCCUAACCUCUCUUUCUCUCGUCGUCGUGCACUGGCAAAUGACUACACCAAGACUCCAGUAGUCUGGUCAUGUGAUAGCCCACGCACACGUGAAGGAUUCUAUCACUACCGCGCAGGAUUCCCAGCCGCCACAAAGCGUGCCAAGGAAUUCGCACCAUACGCCGACCUUCUCUGGGUUGAAACCGGUGACCCGAAUGUUGAGAAGGCCGGCGAACUGGCCGGUGAAGUCCGCGCUGUGUACCCAGGCAAGAAGCUCGUGUACAACUUGAGUCCUUCGUUCAACUGGAUGAGCCAAGGAUUCGACGAAGCUUCACUAAAAUCGUUCAUCUGGGAUCUUGCCAAGCACGGAUUUGUAUUGCAAUUAAUCUCUCUAGCCGGUCUUCAUUCUAACGCAACCAUUACAACCGAAUUGUCUCGAGCAUUCAAGGACGAUGGCAUGCUUGCCUACGUGCGACUUAUUCAAGCUCGUGAGAAGGAACUUGGUGUCGACGUUCUCACUCACCAGAAGUGGAGUGGUGCGCCUUACAUCGAUGGUAUCCUGGGUGCGAUCCAAAGUGGAAGCAGCAGUAGCAAGAGUAUGGGCGAGGGCAACACAGAAAAAGGUCAGUAA